GGGCUGGGUUAGCAGCAGCAAAUCACUGCAUUGCAAGUAGCUUUAGGAAUCUCUCUCGUACUAUUAUAUUAUAGUGAGAAACAUGUCGGGCUCGGAGUCUCCUACGAGGAGGGAGGUGAUAGCACUCAAGAAAGAAGAAGGGAAUGAUAUGUGUGCUGACUGUGGGCAGAAAGAUCCUGAUUGGGCGGACGUAAGCUUUGGUGUGUUCAUCUGUAUUGGGUGCAGUGGUAUUCAUCGUAGCCUGGGUGCCCAUCUGUGCAAGGUCAAGUCCUGCAAUCUGGAUGAGUGGAGUGAUGAUCUUGUGAAGGCAAUGACGGGGAAUAAACACGCUAGCAGUAUAUGGGAAGCCAACGUGCCUCCUUGCUGCAAGCCUCCCAAACCUGACGACGCUCUGGUUUGCCGUGAGCAGUGGAUAAGAGGCAAGUACGAGAGAAAGGAGUUCAUAUUGGAGGCAACAGACGACGAAAGGCCGUACACAAUAGGAAUGAAAAAAGGAUUUCUGUUUAAGAAGAAGAGUGGAUAAUGUCUACAACAGCCGAUUCUUUUUAAUAGAAUUAAGUGGGACGCCAACCCUACGGAGACCAUUCCACUGAAUGACCUCAACGUGACCAUGAACGGACAGACUGGCCACCCUAAUGGCAUGCAGUUGACUGCCGUCAUACGAGGGAAGAGCAGAAACUACUUCAUCUAUGCCGACUCUGGACUAGAGAUCAUCAGCUGGUACUACGCGAUACGGGCAGCCAGACUCAGACUGUUGCAAACCCAGCAUCCAGAGAAACCCGUCGAAGAACUCUAUGGUUCCCUAUCGAGAGAUUUUGUGAAAGUUGGUUUCUUACACAAAACACCUGCAAACAAGCUGCAAAAGUUUCAGAAAAGAUAUUUUGUUUUGGAUGAAACCAGACUUUCCUAUUUUGAGAAACCAGUUGAUGCAUUCCCGCUGGGUGAGAUUGUUAUUGGCACGUCAGCUGAUGGUUUUUCUGUCGAUGAAAAUGCUCCCGAUGAGUUGGGAGGUGGUGAAAACGCAUUUGUCCUGAAUACGCCAACACGGACAUUUCCACUGCUUGCAGACACAUCUGAUGAGAAGCAUAUGUGGAUAACAGCCAUUAGAGACGCCAUUGAACAUUUGAGAACAAGCACUAGCUCGAAUGGUGCUGUAGGCACCAGUUAUGGCGAAUAUUCUUCUGCUAAGAUGGAAAAGAUGGAAGGUACUAUUCUAGACGACCCAGUAGUAGCCGGCUUCUUGAAUGGCCGUGAGAGUGUCAGUAGCGACAGUGCAUUUGGAGAUGAUGAAGAAGACAGUACAAGAAAACUUAUGACUGAGUUGACACAGAAAGAUGGCAACGACAUCUGUGCAGACUGUGGGGAGAAACGACCUGAGUGGGCCUCCAUUAAUCUCGGAGUGUUCUUGUGCAUCAAGUGUGCAGGUAUUCAUCGUCGACUCAGUGUGAGCGUCUCCAAAGUGAGGUCCAUUCGACUCGAUUCAUGGACCAAAGAAAUGGUGCAGAACAUGGCCAAAGUUGGUAAUACCAAGGCCAAGGAGGUGUAUGAAGCUAGUGUGCCACCAUGUUGGGCACCUCCCAACCCUGAUAGCAGGCAUGUUCGUUUGGAGCAGUGGAUUAGAGCAAAAUACGAGAGGAAGGAAUUUUCUACUCCAGAGACUAUUCACGAAGGUUUGGUCGGUACAAAACAUGGGUAUCUGUACAAAAAAAUGAAGAAGACAGAUGAGUGGAAUCGCCGAUGGUUUGUUCUGUCCAGAGACUAUCUUUGCUACUACAAAAAUUACACGGAUCGUGCCCCCAAAGGCAGCAUCCCUCUCUCCCAUCUCAACAUCACCCUGGAUGGUCCUGGUCUGGAGGCACACACCAACUCAAUGCUUAUUGCCUAUCAUGAUGUCAAGCUUAGGAAAACAAGAAACAUUUUUGUGUAUGCUGAAAAUGGGAAGGAAAUCAUGGAUUGGUAUCUGGCCAUUCGAACUGCUAAGAUCCAGUUAUUGCAAGAGAUGUUUCCAAGUCGGCCAGUUGAAUUGAUAAGGGAAUCAGUGACUCGAGAUUUCACAUACACUGGCUACCUGUGCAAGAUGCCCCCAGAUCAUUCAAGGUGGCAGAAGAGAUUCUUUGUGUUGGAUCAGUGCACUCUUAGAUACUACCAGAAGCCAACAGAUGCUAUUGCACUAGGAGAGAUCUUACUAAGCUCCUCCAGUCAGAAACCUGUGUAUGUGGAUACUAACCUCCCGGAUAAACUUCAGGACACUCUGUUCUCGUUCAUGCUUCACAAGCCCGGUCGCUCCAGAGGGGGCUUUCCUCUAAUGGCCGAGUCAGCAGACUUGAUGAAAAAGUGGGUGGGAGUGCUUCAAGAAGCAAUCAAUUCAGCAGUGGAGAUAUGCGACCCCUCUGUAAUUUCUUCUGAAUACGAAGAGGAUGAUUUGUAUGCAUCCAUUGACACUGUGAUUCCACCCAGUCCAACCAGUCCAAAGUGAUCCACCAUUACAUGUUGCAACUCAGAGACUAUGUAUUAAAUUAAUUAAAGAACUUACGUAUACUGCUUCAUGUUUGUUACAUGCAGGCGCAUGUACAGUCAUAGCUGUUUCAUAUUAUCAUCAUAAAUGUUCGUUGAAAUAAUUAUAAUUAUUAUUGAAUGUUUCAUUGUACAACAAACGUACGUUAUGUAAAUAUUUUUAUAUAUUUAAUUGAAAUGUGCAGUGUUCAAUGUUUUGUGCUUCACUAGAAUGUCUCUUCAGUUUUGAA